CCCGGCCGUCCUUAAGUUUGUUUAGGCAUGCUAAUGCGCACAGUAUGCGGGCAUCGAUGGAUGGACUAUGAACGCCUGGGCAUAAUCAAUCAUGUUAGAUAAAGAAUGACUGGGCAUAUUUUAUAGGCCAGGGUUCGUGUAAACACAGUUUAUUAUAUAAAUUCAUAAUUGCCACCGGCCUCGUAUUACAAUUCAGUCCAGAUUCAUCAGUGAAGUUGACCUCGUCCAUCGCAGCAUCGCCAUCGCCCACCCCUACCGGUCUCCGAUAGAUUCUACUCGCCUGUGCGUUCACCACGUCACACCGGGACUUUAGUUCAUUGUUUGUUUUCCCUUUUUGAGUAACGUUAAACUUAAGCAAAAUGCCAACAGAACAUCAUUUCAAAACAGGAGAGACUCUGCCAGCCCUGAAGCCAGGGGUUCUUCGUCUCUACAGUAUGGCCUUUUGUCCUUUUGCUGAGAGGACAAGAUUGGUAUUGGCAGCAAAGGGUAUUGACUAUGAGUUGGUGAACGUGAACACAUACAAGAAGCCAGAGUGGUACUUUGACAAGAACCCUGAUGGUCUGGUCCCAACUCUAGAAUUUGAUGACAAACUGAUCCAGGAAUCACUUGUCACCUGUGAGUAUCUUGAUGAAGCUUACCCAGACAACCCUAUGUACCCAGCAGAUGCUUACCUCAAAGCCAGGGAUAAAUUAUUCAUUCAGAGAUUUGGAAAUUACGUUCCAGCCUUCUAUCGCUCAGCAAAAGAGAAGGGAAAGAAUGAAGAGUUAAGAACUGCACUACUCAAAAAUUUGAACUCGAUUGAAGAUGAGCUUCAGAACAGAGGAACACCCUUUUUCUAUGGUUCUUCACCAGGUAUGGUUGACUAUGCUAUCUGGCCAUUCAUCUAUCGAAUCCCUUCCUCUAUGGCUCUUGGAUCCAGUGAUCUUCCAGAAUCAUUGGUUUUAUUGCAUCAGUGGAUAGAUCGAAUGCGUGAACAUAAAAUUAUAGCUCCAAGAAUAAUGGAAGAUGAAGCUUUGGUUGAAUUCAGCACUCAUUACCGUACACCAGGGAGUAGAUUUGAUGAGAUUCAAACCAAAUCUGUCAAGUAAAUUAAGAGUGACAAAAGUAGGCUAAUUGUGAAGUUUUCAGCCACUCUAAUGAUUCUGAAAUAUGAAAUUGGAAUAAUGCAGUUUUAAUCAUGAAAAUGAUAAAGAUAAAUCUUGUCAUUGAUGUUCAUCAUUCCCUUGAACUAAAAAGAUUAGGGUCCAAAAACAGGAAUUGGUUUUUGUAUUGAAGUAAACGCUUGUGCUUGAAAAGCAAAGACCUUUGCAUUUAAGAUUUACCUGAUUACAUAAAUUAGCAUAUUUUUUUAGAAAAGGCAAUUUCUAUUUUUAGUGGGUUGUAUUUAGUGAUAGUGAUCCUAGUAGUGGCUGCCCCCUCAAAUUUCACAGUAUAGGUUAUCCCCUCAGUAGGCUAAUGCACUGUAGUGUUAUUCUUGCUUCAUUUGCCUACCAAGAAACAGGUGAAAAUACAUUUUCUUAUCUUUAUGAAUUACAAUAAUCGAUUUUAGGAAACAUUUAUGCUUUGAAAUGUUCUAGAUUCAUAAUUCCUUUGUUUCUUAGCAAUGUUUUAAUGAUAAUGAAUGUUAAUAGAUUGAUAUUUGCUAUUCUCAUGGG